AUGCCUAUCCUUCUCACCUCUCUCUUGGGCACCGCAGUGGGCUCUGCGGUAGUCUACCUCACAUCUCCUACUCUGGCUGCUGUUCUUGCCGGAUCGACACUUGACUGGAUCACGAUUCACUCCUUAGCGAUCGACGCUCUUUUCGCCAUCCUGAUUUGCUUCUUCAUCCUCUGCUACUUGGAGACUAAGUGGAUCGCUGUCAACCAAUCGUUCCCCUACACUUUCCAUCUCAAGAACAACCUCGGAAAAUCCUCUUUCGAUUUUCAGUUGGUUGUGUUUGAGCUUUGGCAUACGAACAAGCUCAACAGAUAUGGUCAUAUGGUGUGUCUCUUCUGCGAACAGCUUCUAUGGCUAUACAUCAUCAGAAUCACGUUUGGGUUAUCUGGUCUGGCAUUGACAAACAUCGCUUUGGGCAUGCAAGCCUUCUCUUUCGGAGACUUCAGACUUGGCGUUGGAACCGCCGUCUUCAAUGCUGCUUACUCAUUACUCGGCAUGUGGGCCUUUGAUAGAUUCGCACCAGUGGCCGCGAUCGACAUUUCCAAGAUCGCGCUCUUCUGGGUGGUGGUUGUGCGCACCGCUGUACACGCUGCUGAGCCAUUACCCCCAGUCUACGACAGCGAGACCGACUCGUUCGGUGAAACCUGGGGCGAUGACGGCUAUCAUCUGAUCUUCAAGAAGCCCUUCUCUGCUCUUUGGUUGUUCGUUCUUGGCAUUGUUUCCGAGCUUGCUUCUGGUGUGCCUGGGCGUCUCUUUGGUACUGCUCUCUACAAGGCUCUCUACCGUGCUGGUGGUUUCCGCAGCAGCACACUCAAGGGUGUUGAUACUGCCAGAGAAGAAGCUCUCUCGACGCUUGUGAACGGCUGGGCAUCAAACGAGAUGCUCGCGCCCUACUUCCUUAAAUCGUCUUCCGUGGCUCCUGUGGAGAAGCUGCCUCUCGAGUGUUGA